ACAAACAAGGAUAUGCACCACUUGUGGUGGCAUGCGUUAAACGCCAGAAGGAUAUGGCAUACUAUCUCCACUCUAUAACUCAAAUUGAAUUCUUACUUCCAGAAAAUAGCAACCAGGGAGCCUUGUUCCUUAAAUAUUGCUUACUCAAUUUCAUGCCUGAUGUGGGGUUGGAUUUAUUUCUUCGUUAUCCGCGCUUGGCAGCUGGUAGAGAAUUUAUUACUAUUACUGAAUUGUCUAAUCAACCUCCUCUAUUCCGGAGCAGAGCGGUACCCUUUUUCUCUAUAGAUAUUUCCCUUUGGUAUUCAUGUAGAGCUACCGUCUCCCUCUGACGACGACGAUAUGAGAAAAAGGAGACUUGAAAUGUUCAAGAGACAAGGUAAACUGAGGCACAUAUAUAAUCUGAAAUUAACCCAUAUGUAUGCCAAUUUGGUUCUGUGUCACCUGUGCCAGGAGAUGUCAACGUACAGGGAUGCAACACAACUUGUUGAAAGUGGGGCUGUCAAAGCACUUUUUCAAGCAAUGAAAUAUGGCCCGAUCGAGAUUGUGAAUGAAAUUCUUAAAGCAAACCCUGAUUUAAUUUGGUGCAAUAAAAUGCUUUCAAGAGAUAUCAUCAUCUCUGCAAUCAUACGUCGUCAAGAAGAUAUUUUAAAGCUUGAUGCAGGGAAGGAAGCACUUAUCUCUUUAAGAGAUGAAGAUGGAAACAAUGCGUUGCAUCUAGCAGCAAAGUUACCUGAUUGGCCUUUCGAGGAUGGUGUCCAUGCAGCUUGGGCCAUGGAUCGUGAACAAAAGUGGUUUGAGGAAAUUAAGAAUUACCUUCCAUACUGGUGUCAUGGAGCCAAAAAUCAUUAUGGUGAAACUCCAGAGGAAAUUUUUAGAAGAGAACACCGUGGAUUGAUAACAGAAAUGGAGAAAUGGGGAAAGAGAACUGCGAAGUCUUAUAGUCUUGCAUCUGUUCUAAUUGUUACUGUUAUGUAUGCAGCACUGUUUACAGUUCCUGGCGGUAACGAUCAAAACACCGGAAUGCCCAUAUUAUUGCACAGUAAACUGUUCUUCUGGUUUCUAAUUUGUGAUGCAGUGUCCUUCAUUACUGCAUCAACUUCAUUCUUGGCAUUCCUAAGUGUACUCACAGUAACUUAUACCAGGAGACGUCCUCGCAACGCUAUGCCCUAUCAAAUGUUGUUUGCUAUUUCCACCCUCAUCAUUUCAAUAGUAACGAUGAUCCCGGCCUUCAUUUUAGCUCUUACGAUAAUGUUAGAAGAAAAGAAGUUGAAGGUAUUACCAGCUAUUAUAGUAUACCUACUUGUAGUUUUCUUUGUCAUGUUAUCUAGCUGGCUACUUCCCACACUUUCAACCCUUUGUGACAUGAUGGUGCCACACUUUCAACCCUUUUUGAAAUGACGGUUUCUCGUUGAAGAAUCUAUUGAGAGAUGGUCUAUGGACGGUAUUUGAAGUGUUCGAUGGUGUCUACUUUGUACUUAUUUUUAAAUUUGUAACUAGUAUAUCCUGCCCCCACUACACGAGAUAUUGCUCUAAAUUAAUGUUAUUUAUAAUU